CCCCACUGGUGCUGCGGGCAAUGCGGGCGCGCGGAGAACUGGGCGUGCCGCAUCCAGUGCCUCUGCGGCCGCGACGCGCCUGCUGCCAUCCUCUCGCGUGCUCGCCAGAAGCACAAGGACGCCGAUGCUGGCGGAGGCGGCGGCAAGAAGGCGGGCUUCAAGCAAGGAGGCCCGGCGACGCAGGGCAUCCCCAAGCAGCUUGCGGAGUGGAUGCAGGCCAUCGAGAAGCGUUUGGCGCCGCCCGACAAGGAGUGGCCCAAGCCUGGCGGCACAGCGCCGUGGCGCGAGGCCGCAGACGGCGCUGACCCUGAUAAGAAGUCGCAGAGUGCCAAGCUCGGCGAGCGGAUCACGGAGCUCGAGGGGUGCCUUCCGAAGCUUCCACCCGCCGACGAGCGCAACAAGGAUCUUCGGGGUCCGAUCGAGAAGCAGUUGGAGACGCUGCGUACGGAGAAGCGUGCGCUACUGUCUCCCCAGGAGUUGGCCAAGGGCAUCGCGACGCGCAAGGAGACCAUCGCAGCGAAGAAGUUGGAGGUGGCGGCGCUGGGUGCGGCGUUCAGCGAGUCGGCCAAGAACGUCACCACCGUUGCGGCCGACAUCGACCUGGUUGAGGACGACGUGGCCGACCAGCCCGACCUCGUCGCGCUCCUCAAGCCUGAGGCAUGGGUCAAGCUCAAGUCGGCGGUCGCCAGCAAGGUGCAGAAGCGGGCCCUCUAUCAUGCUCGGAGCGAAGGCAGCAUCGAUGACUUCAUGUCCGCCUUCGACACUAUGUGGUCCGAGCUGGCGGCCAAGCCGACGGUCGGUGCUGAGUUCAGCAUCGAGACCUACAACGCCAGCGGCGGCAAGGCGUCCGUCAAGAAGCGCCUCGCCAACACGAUGGCGAGCGUGGUGCUGCUGCAGGAGUUCGUGCACAUCAGCGAGCACGUCGAGGUCGUCCCGAACCGAGUUCAGAAUGUUCUCAUAGAUACACCCGAGCUGCCUGUCGGCCUGCAUGCUUUCAACGUGUACCUGCACACUGGUGAGGGCGCCGCUGGCCGCAACGGCAGGCUUUUGCAAGAGUUGGGCCUCGCUGCUGAGGCACUGGGCGGCCCAGUCGUCAUUGGCGGUGAUUGGAACAUGUGCCCGGGCGAGUUGGAGGCGAGCCAGUUCCCCGCUCACGUUGGUGAUGCUGAGCACGUCAAGCGGCUGGUCUACACGGUGGCGCCAAAGAUGGGCACCCAGAUCAUCAUCGGGCCGCAAGUGCAGCCGCCCACCUACGCCAGCGCUCGGUGCGUUGCCGAAGCUGCUGUCCAGUCGCGUGGCGAUCCUGAGUCUCCCCCUGGAGUUGGAUGGGGCCUUUUCUCGGCGGCGCGGGGCCACUUCGCUGUCGCAGCCGCAGGGGCUAUCGCGAACGCUGUGGGUCAUCCGGAUCGCAGAGUUCUUUUUGGUUUCGCUCGGUACUUGCAACCUCGGUGGGCCGACGUCACCAAUGCGGCCAAAGACGCGUCCGACCUGCAGGCUGAGGCCGAGGGUUGGCAAUGGUUGAAGUCUUCCCUCCUCAGCAUCAUGCAGUGCAAGACGGUGGCCAACCCGGCCGUGCCGGACCUGUCGUUGGCUGCUGAGGAGAUCUUCAACUUCGCGACGGCCAACUACCAUGGGCAGGGCCUUGCCGCGCGCCUCGAUCGAUCUGUUCAGCAGGCGCGCGGCGUGGUGCAGGCUGGCUUUGAGGAGGAGGCAUGCCGCGAGCUCCUAGGAGACAUUGAGCCCGACGUCAAGCUCGCGGUCAACGGAGCUACCCAGGAGGACCGCCAGAAGUGGAAG